AUGUAUGAACCCAACAAAAAUAUUUCAUAUGAAAAGACAAGACAUGAUCCGCCCAAUCCUAGCUCCAACUCUAGCUCCGACCUCAAAGCAGUUUGA